CUUUCUUAAACUACCAUGCUACCUCUCUUUUUUCCCAAACCUUGUACUCUUCCCACUAUUUUUCCUCUUCUCUGCCGUCACAACCUCUCCUCUCCCUCUUCUUUCCAUUCCCUUCAUUCUUUCUCCUACUUCUCUCCCUCCCCAACUUUCACUUUUACAUAUCUUUGCUUUUCUUGUUCUCUCUCUUUCUCCCUUCCCAAUCGUUCCCACCCUCACUUCACUCUCCCAAAGCUUUCCCUCAGGUCUUCAUUCUUCCCAACCUUUUCCUUCCCUUCAAAUUCCCUCCCUGCUCUUCACUCACCAACCAGUCCCUUCUCCUUCUUCCCUUCUUUCCCAGUCGUUCCCACCUAUCUUUCACUCUCUCUUCUCUUUCCUUCUUUCCACAGCUCUUCAUUCUUCCCAAGCUUUUUUUCUUUUGCCAUUUUUUCCUCGGCCCGCGCUGCCUCACCCUUGCCUCCCGCGGGACACGAGGUAACCAAGACAUCAUUGCAGGUCUGGUGCGACCACACGACCAACGGCGGAGGAUGGACAGUGCUCCUGGCGCGCCUCGAGCAAGCCAAGCAGGAGGACUUCAGCAGGGGAUGGGCAGAGUACAAGAAGGGUAUUGGUGAUCCCGCCGCCGAGCACUGGCUGGGUCUUGAAGCCCUGCAUGUCAUGACUAAAGGCAGAAACCACGAGCUGCGAGUGAACAUCACAGACUGGAACAAUGGCUCCACAUGGGCUGAAUGGAAGGAGUUCAGAGUGGCACCAGAGAGUGAGAAGUACAAACUGACCGUGGGGAGAUACACCAGUGACUCCCAUGCCGGGGACGCCCUCAAAUGGCACAAUGGCAUGCAGUUCUCCACUCCAGACCGUGACAAUGAUGUUCUGCUUGGUGGUCACUGUGCCAAAAAGAAUGAUGGAGGAUGGUGGUUCCGAGGUUACCGUGGCUGCUACCAAGCCCACCCCACUGGGCGCUACCAGCACAACCCAGGAGACCCACCCAAAACUUCAGUCACUUCCCGUAACUUUGAGCUCGGGCCGGUGCUGGUUUGGCAGAACUGGCGGGGAGAGAGCUACUAUCCCAAGACCCUGUUUCUCAUGUUCCGGCCAAUGUUAAACUAAGGGAACACUGUGAAUUGCAAAUGGAAUGCUCCCUGACUGUGAGGCAGUGUCUCUGUAAUGCAUCAGACUUAGACGGGGUGAGAUGCUGCACAGAUGGGUUGCUAAUCUUAGUAGGAGUAAGAGUUCAACAUUAUUGUAUUAGGAUUAUGAUUAGCUGUGAUGGGAAAAUUUGAGGAGAAAGUUAAAUUUUUUUUUCUGGAUUCCCUAGUGACCUCUUGUAUCAUGUAUUAUACAGUUAUUCACAUGAAAUGAGUGCAUCAGUAGUCUACCUUAUAUUACAGUAAAUAUUUGAAAUAAUUACUGUAGCUUGAGAGUCUUGAACAUGAAACAUGAUCUCCUGAGACACUAACACAAAUAUGGAAAUACAAUAGAGGUAAGAUAAUAAUACAAACCAUUUUUUUUCCUUUUCAAAUGUGCCAGAGAUGGAUAUUUUUGUGUUUUGCAGUUCAAAGAUGAUGGCAUUUAAAAUUUAAAAAAUUAAUUAAAAAACAUAUUGGUACACAGUGCAUACUGUAUAUAUUGGUCAUGUUUACAGUAUUUCUUUUCCAAGAAUAUGGAUUCAGGGUUCAAAAUUCCUUACUUUCACAAAACACAAACAUGUAUGUACAGCACAAUCAUUAACUACAAUGAACAAAAGUAAUUCCACGGACAUGAUUGUAGGUAACUUGAGAUUGUUCAGUAACUGCACCUGACAAAAUGAAACAACAGGGAGAGUACACCACCAGGGCAAUGUAGAGUUCCCCUCAAGAAGCUGAAGCCCAAGGCAGAAUCAAACAUUAAUCUUAUAUGGGAAGUGUUCACUAAAAUAAGCCCUCUCCUAUACAGUUCAUUAAUUUCUAGACCUUUAAGGCCCAUUGUCAUGUCUCUGUACUGCCGUGUAUCCGUUGUGGUAGGAUUGUUGUAGCUCUUAGCUUAUUGAUUCCCUUCACCUAUUUGGAAAUCUUGCCAAUCUCAACUCAAUUUUAUCACCCACACUGCAAGCAUAAAAAUGGCAUCACUUUACCCAACCAAAUCAAUUUCCAUAGCAAUAGGAAAUGGUUACAAAAGCUUCCCUUCUAUACACUCUUAUCAUUUCUAUUAUAAGAGCAAAUCUCACCAUAUAUACUUUGUUUCAUAUAAUUAACUUCAUUCUCUGAGGCCUGCAUUUACUAAUCUUUCCAUUUAUAUCAUUUAAAUCUAUGGAAAAUAACAAAAUCAAUUGUCUCUACAUAUGUCAGGUUCAUUCACCACUGUCUAUUAGUCACUAUUAUAAUUAUCAACCAAAAUUCUUGUCCUUUACCCAAAAGCUCACAGUAGACAGUUCCAAAACAGGUGAUAGCACACUUGAAUACAAAAAAUCAACAUCUCUUAAUGCUAUUCAGUUCAAUAAACUUCAGUCAAAUUCCCUCCAACUCAUUAUAAUUUGAUCUGUCAAUCUAUAUCUGUAUCCCAGAGUGACAUCCCCACAAAGACAAGACACCCCACAUGCACACACACCCACAUCCUCACACACACACAAACAAACAUACCUAGUCAUCUAUCUAUUUGUAGAUACAUAUAAUUUUAUACUGAACAACAAAGCUGAUGUUACCUGCCAGCUCUAGCAGUGUCCUCUGACCUUGCCAAUUUCUGGAAGUACCACAACUCUUCUUGAUUACAAGUAUUAAAACCUCUGUUUCCAACACAACAUUUAUGAACAGUACUUAGCCUCUCACUGCUUGUCUUAAGACGGUGUGGCAUUCCAUACUCUACCACAACUCGGCAUAAACUUGAUUCACUCCACACUAAACAAGGACAAACACUAUUCCUGUACCACUGUAGUAUUUCCCAGUACAAGCCGCUUCACCCCUCACACACUUCAUGAUAAGGAGGGAGGCUAUGACCAUAUAUGUAGUCUUAUUUAUCGAUUUGAACAAUUCUUUGUCCUCUACCUUUUAAAUCAUAUGAAAGAAAAUUCAGUUAGUGCAUGCCUAUUAGAAAAUACAUAAUAAUCAACAGGUAGCUGGUUUUAGUCAUUAAUCUUAUGUCUAACUUCUACUUCUUAGUACUAUAUUUCUAAGACUACAGUUUAUUUCCGUAGCUGAGUUCCAAAUACAUGUGUGUGCGGGUAGUUGUGUGUGGACAAGUCUUCCUUUUACCACCUUUCAUUAGUGUCAUGAAAUAAAUGUUAAAUGUGGUCAUGUUAAUUGCCAUCAGUGAAAUUCAGUAACAAAAACAGUUAUUCACAGUCUCCUUUUGUUCAUCAUUUGAGUGAUUUGUGAUGUGCAUGUAAAUCUGUCCACAGCGACUCUCUAAUUCUUGUCAAUAAUGGGUUGCAAUAUACAUAGCCUUGUAUUUUAUUUAGCUUUAUUGAUGUAUUUACAAAGAACUGUUCCCCAGUACUAGAAUGCCUCUGAUCACCCUUAACCCAUUAUUAACAAAUAUCACACUAUAAUGAAACCUACUGCAGUUAUUAUGUUCACUGCAGUUGUAUAGUCCCUACUACAUAUUUUGUCUUAAUAUUUUAAUUAUAGUACUAUAGGGCAUCUCAAAACUCCUAAUAUGUAUUUUCGUAGAUAUGGACCAAUUUUGUCACUUGGAAAAUAUCAGAUAGUAAUUUGGAAGAAAUCUCUGCAUUGUAUAACCAGGAGAAGAUGACGAGCCAAACAUGUGUGCCAAAAAUUAUAUUAGACUUAUGACUUCCUGUAGGCCUUACAUUGUAGUCCUGUCUUGUGAAUAAACUUUAUACUUAAA